GCGCAAUUUAUAUAAGUUCGCAUUACCUCAAAACCGAAUGGAGGCAACGUCUGCGUAUUGGAUGAACGAAGCCCAAGCGGCAAUCGAGGCCCGUUUGGAGUACACUCAGGUCAAGGGGAAGGCUCGGAACGUGGUCAUGUUCCUCGGUGACGGCAUGUCCGUACCGACGCUUGCAGCUGCGCGUACGCUACUCGGACAGCGAGAAAAUAGAACUGGAGAAGAAUCCCAUUUAUUUUUUGAGACUUUUCCUACUGUUGGACUUUCUAAGACUUAUUGUGUAGACUCCCAAAUCCCCGAUUCAGCAUGCACUUCAACUGCUUACCUUUGUGGUGUGAAAGCAAAUCGCGGUACACUCGGUCUCACAGCGGCCGUACCAAGGUGGGACUGUCCAGCUUCCGUCGAUACCGCUUCACACUUAGAAUCGAUCGCCGCGUGGGCACUCGCCGAUGGCCGCGAUGCUGGCAUCGUAACCACAACGCGGGUAACUCAUGCUUCGCCGUCGGGAGCAUAUGCAAAUAUAGCUAAUAGAGACUGGGAGAAUGAUGCGGCGGUAGCUGCAGAUCAAUAUGACCCCGAGCUGUGUCACGAUAUCGCUUAUCAGCUUGUCCACUCUUAUCCUGGAAAUCAGUUCAAGGUUAUUUUAGGCGGAGGAAGACGAGAAUUUUUACCAAAUGAUCUUCAGGAUGAAGAAGGUACUUCCGGUAAACGAUUAGAUGGUCGUCAUCUCAUUGAAGAGUGGCAGAUGGAUAAGAUCAUGCGUAACGUAAGCUACCAGUACGUUUGGAAUCGUGAACAACUACUUAGUGUAAAUGCUGACCUACCUGAUUAUUUGUUAGGUCUUUUUGAAGGCAGUCAUUUGCAAUACCACAUGCAAGCCAAUAUUAGCACUGAGCCAACACUUGAAGAGUUAACAGAAACUGCCAUACGUUCACUAAGCAGGAAUAGCAAGGGAUUUUUCUUAUUUGUAGAAGGUGGACGAAUCGAUCACGCCCACCACGAUAAUCUGGUAGAAUUAGCCCUUGACGAGACGAUAGAGUUAAGCAAAGCUGUUGCACGUGCUGCGGAGCUAUUGUCAGAAGACGAUUCAUUAAUUGUCGUGACCUCAGACCACGCACACGUAAUGGCUUUUAACGGAUAUACUCACCGUGGUGGUGAUAUUUUGGGGCCCUCUGAUGACACUGGCGAUGAUGGAGUUCCGUAUAUGACGUUAUCUUACACAAACGGUCCCGGACAUCGCCCGCAUCAAGCAGAUGAUAGAGUGGACGUCACUCACGAAGAAAAUUAUCGUGAAUUGGAAUGGAGAUCACACGCUGAAGUUCCAUUGGAGUCCGAGACUCAUGGAGGGGACGACGUAGCUGUAUUUGCAUGGGGUCCACAAAAUAGAAUGUUUUCAGGAAUGUACGAACAAAAUCAGAUACCCCACCUGAUGGCUUAUGCUGCAUGUAUCGGACCAGGUCUGCAUGCUUGCACUUCUGCCGCCGCACAAGCUUUUGUAGUAACAAUAUUUACUCCUCUGUUAAUGCUUAUUUUAUGUAAUUUAUUUCAUUAAAACCUAAUUAAUACUUCUUUAGAAUAUGACACACUAAACAAAUCAAAUUGUGCAUUCUUACAUUGAAAUUAAUAAAAAUGUAUUUAUUUAGGAA